UCUUUUAUUUAAUCUAAUUCAGGUUUUCUUCUUGAUAUCAGAAGAUUUGAAAGACUUUUUGUCUUAAGUUUUUCUUCUUAUUUUCCUUAUAUGAAGCUCUUUAAAUUAUCAUGUACUGUAUAUAAUAUAUAAAUUAACUUGUUUUGUGUUUUAAGGAGAGAGAUCAGUAAGUUUUUUUAGGGUGGGGUUUAAGAGAGCUUGUGGUUAAAUUCAUCUGAUGGGAGUCAGCGAGACGACUAGUUUAACAUCAUAAACAAUAUUAACAGUUUUCUGUACCUGACUUUAUAUCACAACACUGUCAGAUUAUUGUUGUGUUGUUAUUUCAGACAUCUGAACUGUUAAAGAAAAUGUUUCUCAUGUUUGUUUUUCUCUUUUUCUGCUUCACUUCUCUGGUUGAUGGAAAAGCUCAAAUAAAUGAUGAAGUGAAGUCAGUGUCAGUGAUGGAGGGAGAUUCUGUUACUCUACACACUCAUAUUAAAUUAAAGACAGGUGAUUUGAUCGAUUGGGUUUUUGGACUUAAAGGGUCUCUCAUAGCUCAAAUCAAUGGAGCAAAUAAGACAUCAAUAUAUGAUGUUUUUGAUGUGAGAUUCAGAGACAGACUGCAGGUGAAUAAUCAGACUGGAGAUCUCGCCAUCACAAACAUCACAACUCAACACACUGGACUUUAUCAAGUAACUAUCACCAGCGGGACGGUGUCAUCACACAGAUUCAAUGUUACUGUCUAUGCUCGUCUUCCCAUUCCUGUCAUCACCACACAAAACUCUUCAUCAUCAGAAACAUCAUCAUGUGUCUUUGUGUGUUCAGUGUUGAAUGUGAAAGAUGUGAGUGAUGUGAGUCUGUCCUGGUACAAAGGAAACAGUUUAUUGUCCAGCAUCAGUGUGUCUGAUCUUAACAACAGCAUCUCUCUUCAUCUGGAGUGUCUGGAUGAAUCUUACAGAUGUGUGGUGAACAAUCCCAUCAGUAAUCAGACUCAACAUCUCAACAUCACUCAUCUCUGUCAGCCGUGUUCAGGUGAGUCACAGGUGAUGUUUGUGUUUAUUUAG